AUGAAUAACGUAGCCCCCUGCCAUGUAGGCCUUCAAAGAGAAGGCGGGGAAAGCGGGAUAACAUUGAACAUAGACUUUUUUACAGACUCGCAGUCAUCUAAAUCUAUUCAGAUUGAGAGCCUUUUUUUAAACGAGCUAUUGUGUCUACCAAGGAUCACUUCACAGACCACAGAGGGAAAUUUUGGAAACAACCCAUCAAAAAAAUCACAGAAAGAGAUACAGGUCUAUAGACGGGUGAGUAGCUCUAACGGCGCUGCGCAUGCGCCCCGGGGGUCGAGAAGGAGAGCCGCUGGGCGCGGGCGAGCCGGACAGGCGACCUUCAUGGCGGGUAUCAUGGCGCGCUUAGGGCUGAAGCCCGGCUUGUUGGAGCAUCUACGCAAGCAGAAGGGUGUAUAUACGCUCUGGGCCACCAGUGUCGCCAUAGGAGGUGUGUGGCUCACAGACUGGAAGGUGAUCUUUGGUUAUAUCCCGUGGAUCAAUGGCAAGUUUAAGGACGAUGAAUGAGCAAAACUUGUACUAUUAGGCCAGGCUACCUUGACUUGGGGAAGCUGCUUCUCUGAUGUUCCUGGUCUGAGUCUCUGGUGUCACCUUCCAUGAAAGUGCACAACAGCUUCAUUUUAUCCUCAACGAGCAGUUGCCAUAUAAUGUCCUGUAUAACCAAUAAAUGUCUUAGCUCAUGGGG